AUGACACCCUCACCAUCAGAGGCUGUAGCCAAAGUCGCCGAAGCCGCAUCGGGUGCCAAUUCGUCAGUGAAAGUGUAUAAGCGGGAAAGCAACACAGCCAGAGUUUUGGGCGCAGGAUGUGCUGGUAUUGCAGAGCUUAUGGUGUUUCACCCCGUAGACACGACAGCGAAGCGGUUAAUGAGCAAUGUUGGCAAGAUUGAAUCGGUAUCACACUUGAACAAGGUAGUCUUCAGAGACACAGCCGCAGCAUCCGUCUCAACACGAUUCUUCUCGCUCUUUCCAGGUCUCGGAUACGCUGCAGCAUACAAGGUGCUUCAACGUGUAUACAAGUUUGGUGGACAGCCCUUUGUACGAGAUUAUUUGGCGCAACACCAUGGAGGCAGCUUUGAGCGUACAUUCGGAAAGGCCAAGGGCAAGGCCAUUAUGCACGCCACAGCUGGUUCGAUUAUCGGUAUCGGCGAGAUUGUUCUUCUGCCACUCGAUGUCCUUAAGAUCAAGCGACAGACCAACCCUGAAGCGUUCAGAGGGCGUGGUCUGUUCAAGAUCAUCUCUGAUGAGGGCUUUGGCCUCUACCGCGGGUGGGGUUGGACAGCAGCGCGCAAUGCGCCCGGAUCCUUCGCUCUUUUCGGUGGUUCUGCUGUAGCGAAGGAGUUUCUCUACAAGCUCAGCGACUACAACUCCGCCACAUGGAUGCAGAACUUCGUCGCAUCCAUCGCCGGUGCUAGCGCCUCGCUCGUCGUCUCCGCCCCUCUCGAUGUCAUCAAGACGCGUAUCCAGAACAGAAACUUUGAGAACCCAGAGAGCGGCAUGCGGAUCGUGUCCAACAUGAUGAAGCACGAGGGAAUCACCUCCUUCUUCAAGGGUCUGACACCCAAGCUUCUCAUGACCGGACCCAAGCUCGUCUUCUCCUUCUGGCUGGCUCAAACACUCAUUCCCGCCUUUGGAAAGAUAAUGUAA